AGGUAGGAAAUGAAAAGUCUCCUUCUUUGUCCAUCCCCAAUCCCCAUAUAUACCUUCCAUAAAAAGGCCCCCUUCAAAUUCGCAUACAAACAAAAUUAAAUAAUGUCCCCCCAACGCUACCGCCAUUUUCCGCCCUUCCCUUCUUGCUUCCGCCCUUCCGCCGCCGCAGACAACCGCCAUAUGCCGUCGCCACAAUCCGCCGCUAAAACUAGCCUCGCUACAAGUCUCUACGACACAAAUAUAGGCCUUUUUUCCUUAACCUGGUCCCGCACCUUCCUUGGCCACUCCCUCCACCUCCACCAACAUCACCACCGCCUUCCCUCUUCUCCUCUCUCCGUCCUUUCAUCCUCUGCCCUCCAUUUUCAUCUCAAUAUCAAAUCCUUUGCUUUUUGGAAGAAAAAAGGUUGUAAAAAACUCACCAGCGCCACUGUCCCUAAUGUGAAAAUUUUCUGGGACCUUUCAAGGGCAAAGUUCGGAUCCGGACCAGAACCCGACUCUGGGUUCUUCGUUGGCGUCGUUGUCGACGGUGAAAUGACGCUUCUCGUCGGCGAUGCUACCAAGGAAGCUUAUACUCGAACUAGAGCUCAAAACCCUGGGAGUAGAGGCAGCCAAACUCUUGUUUUGAGAAAAGAGCACGUGUUGGGGAACAGAGUUUACAACACAAAAGCCAGAUUCGGUGGCAAAUUAAGGGAUAUCUCGAUCGAUUGUAGGGUAAACGAGGAUGCGAGGCUGUGUUUGAGCGUGGAUAACAAAAGGGUAUUGCAAAUAAAGCGGCUUAAAUGGAAAUUUAGAGGGAAUGAGAGGAUUGAAGUGGAUGGGGUAUGGAUAGGAGUCUCGUGGGAUGUCUACAGCUGGUUGUCCGAUAAAGAUGGCAACAAUGGGCGUCCAGCCGUUUUCAUCUUCAAGUUCGAGAACCAAGGCACUGAAACCAUGGAGGAUCCUUUCAAGGAGGGUGUGGUUUUGGGGCAGCAAAGUCCGUGUAGUGAUGGGAUUGAAUGGAAGAAGAAAAGGAGAAGCUUGUUGAGGAGUGCUAGGAGUUCUUCGUCUUCCUCCAUUUCGAUGUCUUCGGCUUCUUCGGGGUGCAGCUCUUCGGUAAUGGAGUGGGAAAGCGUUGAGGAGAGUGAGUUAUGUGCUCCCAUGGGCUUCUCUUUGCUUGUUUAUGCCUGGAGAAACUGAAAAGAUUGUGCCUUUUUUUUUGUGUGUGUUCAUAACAUUAUUAGUCUCUAUUUAUCACUAACCCCAUUUGUUUUUAGAACUUAGCACAGUAAGUAAAUUAUAAUUGUAGAGAUCCAUGACUCAACCUUUUACCAAUUUAGUAGCUACAUUCGAUCCCGAUUGAAUUGAAUUCCAAAAGAUUUGCGCGUAAGAGACCUCGCAUACCUUAUCACUCAUAACUCCACCCAACAAGAUGGUUGUAUUUUGCUAGUUUCUUUGUAACUUUUUAGUUGUAAAUUUGAGCCCUUUGGUUGUAGUCUCAGGAACCAUAGGCGGAGAUUUAAUGAGCAGAAGAAAAAUUUUGCUUGA